AUGGAGGAACACAGUCUACAGCAAAUGGCGGUGCCAACCGCGCCGCGCACCUCUCGAGAAACCAUUCCCCAGGAGGACCCGAUCCCAACAAAGGAGAGCGAGACAAGGCUCGUGCCGCUUGAAAUAAACGAAGCACCUGUGAAUGGCGAACAUGAUACCCACCAGCCAGAAAGUACAGGAGCAGAGCAGUACCCUUCAACCUGGAUAUUUGCAACCAUCAUGGUUGGGCUGUCGCUUUCUUCCACCCUGGUCGCGCUUUACUAUAAGGAUAACUCAAUCCUCGCAACUGCGAUUCCUCGAAUUACUGCGCAGUUCGACUCCCUUGGCGACGUUGGCUGGUACGGCAGCGCGUUCCUGCUCACAAACUGUAGCGUCAGCCUCUUCUACGGCAAACUGUACACCUUCUUCCCCGUGAAAUGGGUUUACCUGUGCGCCCUGGCCCUUUUUGAAAUGGGCUCCCUCCUCUGUGGUGUGACACCGUCUUCGCUCGGCCUGAUUAUCGGGCGAGCCAUUGCGGGCCUGGGCGCUGGGGGGCUCUACUCAGGGGCCAUGCUUAUUAUUGCGGAAAACGCGCCCAUGCAUCAGCGACCUGUGUAUAAUGGGAUCAUCACAGCAGUCUUUUCGGUAUCGGGGGUUGCAGGACCGUUGAUUGGUGGUGUGUUAACAGAUCACAUAACAUGGCGCUGGUGUUUCUAUAUCAACCUCCCCCUUGGUGGAGUUACUGCUUUUGUCAAUCUAUUGCUCCUGAAAUCGAAGGAACCGGCCAAGUCAGUUGCGGGUGUACGGGAGAAGCUUUUCCAGCUGGAUCCCCUUGGCCUGCUGUUCUUCCUCCCCUCGAUAAUUUGUCUGCUUCUAGCGCUGCAAUGGGGUGGCUCCGAGUAUCCUUGGUCCGACGCGAGAGUGAUAGCACUCUUUACUGUGUUUGGCGUGCUUUUCUUGGCCUUUAUCGCUGUCCAAAUCUACGAGCAGGACAAAGCUACCAUUCCCCCCCGCAUCCUCAGCGACAGGAACAUCUGGGGCGCGUCGCUGAGCGGGUUAUGUCUCAGCGCUUCCUUGCUAGUAUUUUCAUACUAUCUUCCGAUCUGGUUCCAGGCCAUCAAAAACGCCUCCGCAACAAUGUCCGGCGUCCUCAACCUCCCUGUGCUGGGCACACUCGCCAUAUCCACAAUCCUCUCGGGCUUCCUCGUCACAGUUUUUGGCCACUACAUGCCCUUCAUGGUGGUAGCCCCAGUCCUCGCAUCCAUAGCCGCAGGGCUCCUCACAACACUGACGCCAUCUUCAUCGCAGGCAUCCUACCUCGGCUACCAAGCUCUUUACGGCUUGGGCUGCGGGCUGGGCAUGACGCAGCCGAUCCUCGCUGUGCAGUCGUGCGUGGAGAGUGCAGCGGAUGCGCCGAGUGCAACAGUGAUUGUCAUCUUCAUGCAGACGCUCGGCGGCACCCUCUUCCUGUCCGUUGCGCAGAAUCUCUUUCACAAUCGGCUGCUGACGCUAUUGGGUGGGGUGCAGAGGGUCGAUGUAGGCCGCGUUGUGGCCGCCGGGGCGGCGGGAUUCAGGGAUGUUGUGGAGCCAGAGGUUUUGGACGUUGUGUUGGCAAGGUACAGUAGCGCGAUUACGUAUUCGUUUUAUGCUGGUCUCGCAUUGAGCGUGGUGGCGAUUUUGGGGGUGUUGCCCAUGCAGUGGAUUCCGUUGAACCAGAAGGGUGAGGGUAUGGCCCCGAAUUAG